CAAGAACUGAUUAUUUGAUUGGUGCUUUAUAUGGCUGCAAACUAAUAUAGCUUAAUGGUGGUAAAGCCGAGAUCACGUGAUCACGUCCAAAAAUACCCGAGACUAGAAUAUUCCACGACUGAGAAAUGAAAAGUUUUAAAUCCAAUUAUAUAAGCAGUUGGAUAUCACUAUUUUACACCAUUUACCAGAUCAACAACCAUGUCUAAUUUCUUGAAAAGUGUUAACGUUCUCAAACCAUUGUUUGACAGAGUUCUUAUCCAAAGAUUCAAGCCAGCUACCCAAACUGCUUCUGGGAUUUAUAUUCCUGAAAAAAAUCAAGAAAAAUUAAAUCAAGGUACUGUUAUUGCUGCUGGUCCAGGUAUUACUAAUACUACCACUGGUCAAGUUAUUCCAACUUCCGUUAAAGCUGGUGAUAAAGUUUUAUUACCAUCUUUUGGUGGUAAUCCAGUUAAAGUUGAUGGUGAAGAAUACUUCUUGUACACUGAUAAAGAAAUCUUAGCUAAAAUUGAAGAUAAUUAAUUCUUGUAAAUAUAUAUUAUUCGAUUGU